GCUGUCGCUGCAGCCGUCGCCGUUUUCAUCCUCCUGCUCGUCGUCGUCCUCUUCUCGACAGCUCGUCCGUCAUCAUCUGCAUUUGCACUUUUGUCGGUGUUGCACUUCUUAAAUCACAAACUACCCGUCAGUUUUAUCGCGACUGCAUCCGAGUGCACACUUAGUUUUCCGGUUCGCUCCCGACUGUCCUCUCAAGAUACGUCAUCUACACCACCUACGUUGAUGGUGCACUUCCGUGUUUUGAAAAUUGAAAACUCCGGAAACGCGGCAACACCGGAGCGUGUCGCCUGAUGGACAUUCGUCCUGUACUGAUUGUAGCAGGACUGUGUCACAAUAAGUAGUGUGAUCUAAGAAAGUACUUGAGACAGCGGAUCGCUUAAGCCGUCGGCGCUUUCUCUGCAGAGUUAGACAGAGACCGACGGUUGAGCCGCUGCGGCUUGGCUGUUUUCUAAAUCUCGUAAAUACCGAUGCACAAGAUCUACAUAGCCUCCCUCUAGAGUGUGUAUUGGGUGCGGAAGUAUUCUUGGACAGAAUUGGUUGCAAAUCCUAAAAUAGAUUGAGAGUCCGAGAUAGGGAGGGAAGUGAACGGCAAACCAAACAACCAGGUUGAAACAAUGUGUACGAUUUCAGUUUUUUCUGUCUCUUGAAAGUGUGCCGAUGAUGCUAUAUGCUCGAUAAGAGAGUUUUUUUUGACUACUUGUGUGAUUCCGUCUCGUCCCAUUCGGCUUGUUCAAUCAUCCCGAAAUCGUAACCGACCAGCUCGGUGGUUCUGCAACAACAGAUGUGUGCGAUUUCUUGAUCACCCGCAAUCGUUUUGAAAAUAUAAAUAAACCUGUUUGCGUGGAUUCCGCUUGUGGUUUUUUUUCCCUGCUUCUAACGUGAAACGGAGAAGAGCAACACAAAAAAAACGCUCAGUGUUUGAAACAACAUUGAUAAAGUGUCACCAGGUGAAGAAUAGUGCAAAAUAGUGGAGAGCGCUCCAGCGACAAAAAAAAAAGUUGUCAGGGUUAAUGUGUCAACCAGAUUGAAUAUCAAGGAGUGUAUUUUUGUUAGCCCGCUCUCUCACGAGAAAAUCAAUUCAAAUCAACUCUCGGUGCUUAAACAUUCGGUCAGUGCACUCAUCCGAAAUUUCAACCGACAAACGAUGAUCGAGAACUGAUGGCAACCAUGCGAGUGUGUCACCUGAACCUGUACCUGUACCAGCUCCUGCCAUGCGAGCACCUCACCACAGUCCGGAUUCGUGUACAGAUGAGGAAAUGGUCAAACGGUCCCAGUGGCUGCUGGAGAAGCUCGGCUACCCGUGGGAGAUGAUGCCGCUCAUGUAUGUGAUACUGAAGGAGGCCCACGGAGAUGUUGGCACCGCCCAUCGAAGGAUCGACGAAGUUCUUGCAAGGAUAAUUCACUACGCUUCACCGGAAGUUGCCUUGAAGUUGCGGCCCUUCCGAAGAGCGCUGCCGUUGUUCGAGGACGAUGAGAACAUCUCGGUAACCCGCACUAUCUCAACGCCUCGGUCCCGGUCCGUGUCCAGAUCACCGGUAUCGUUCCAGUCUGGAUCAAGGUCCCGCCAAAGCGAUACGCCCCGGGAGGAUAAUACUCCGCUUAAUUUGGAUACCAAAUCCGAAUGCAAAGUACUAUCGCUGGUCAGCAAGGAGGAGAACGUCCUGGCGCUGCGAGAACGAGACGGAAGUCCCAAGCCGGAGCGGAACGCAGAAGACUUAAAGCAUCCCUUAACGAAACCUCCCCGGGGUAGCCUUAAGCUUGAAAUCGUAAGACAGAAAAGCUCAACCCACCUAAGUUAUUCGGUCGAAAACGGAUACGAGGGCGGAGGACGGGAGCAUUUACGGGGUUCCGAGAGCGAUUACCUGUACAGGCCUGUACACCUUCCGGCAGCGAACGGAACCAAAACAAAUCCACUGGAGCUGUACUCGCUGCCCACUUCGAUGCCCUGCAUCCGAUAUCCGCAACUAAUUCCACCGGAUUACCCGCUGGUCCCCUGGGAUCCCCGGUUAAUGUUGCGCAACUACUACUCCAAAGACUUGGGACCACUCGGAGAUUCUUCAUCUCCGGUUUCGCCGUCCCGGCAGCUCCCGCCCAAAGCUUUCCAGCUGUAUCAGCCCGCCCAUACUAUCGAAAAUCUCAACCUGCUGGAUCAGGCGGCGGUUGCUUCGACGCACUAGGAUGUUCCGGAUCCGAAAUCCUCCGCUGGCGGAAGCGACGAGCACAUGGCGACCGUGAGCCACAAUGAGGCUAUUCUAUGACUCUUUUUAAGCUGUAUCCUA